AUGAAGCGCUCUAUGAACACUGAAAAACGGUCAAAUUCCCCACAAUUUGACGACCUUACUGAUUUGCCCGAUUUUCUCUUUGACAGUACUACUCCUUCAUAUGGCAAAUAUGCCCUUCCCGCAAGUGUUGUUCCUUUCCAAGUUCAACAAAAGAAAGAACCCUUUGAUGGCUAUUCCUCAACUUUUCAUCCCAAUUAUUACAACGACGAUUUUAUUAACGAGCCACAUGAAAUUAACGAGCACUGUACGAAGAGGGAGUGUGACGGUGUGAAAGACGAGAUUAAAGAUGACGUUGACAUUGCGAUUAAAGAAGAAUUACCCCCGCUCACCCCUGCGGACGAGUGUGAGUAUACCAUUUUGGACAUCUUACAAGAUGACAAAAACAGAAAUUUCAGAGACACUAUCUGGCGGUUCAAUAAAGCUGUCUUAGAGAUCAAAACAAAGCGCGCUGAGAUCAUUAAAGUCGACUUCCACAAUCUCUCCGAAAGCGUCGUGAAACUCCUCGAGAACUUAUUCGAGUUUUGUAUUCGAAGCGAAUCAUCCACGACAGAGGCAGGUCUGAAAGACAUCGCUGACUUCUUACAAGGAGCAACUGCUAUCUCUGACAUCCCAAUCUUCUCCGCAGAACAACGAACUCAAAUCGAUGACGUCAUCGGUAAAAUCGCCGUCUUAUUGCCCGCCCCGUCACGGGAUGACACCAUCGAAGGACAAAAAGAGUUGCGCGAGUAUUUGAGUGCCAAUGGAAUUAACACAACGGCCAUUUUAAUCCAACUCUGCGAUCCAAAAGACUCCGUCGACUUCUUAAAAGGUGUCGACGCACUCCUUACCAUUUUCACGGUAAGUAAACAUACUAAGGCAAAUUACUCUCAAAUGAUCAAAGCGUUAAAUUCAAUGGACUCGGGAGACGGAACAUACUUCGCUACACCUUACUUCCUUCUCGUGAAAGCCUUCAACAACUGUGUUAUUAAGCAGCAUUACAAAGAGUUGGUUCUUGUGCUGUCACAAGCGAUUCGGUUUGACUUGUUCACACCAGAGCAGAAUAAAGACGUCAACGAGAUGCUUAAUGUGGCGAGUAACAGGGCAAAGAGUUCACCGGAACGACUUGGGAAGAGAUGUACUUUAAAACACGACCCUGUUGCGAUGAGCUAUGGGUAUGUUGUUGAGUAUCUCCAACACGUCAAUGAGACCAAACAGAAUUGA